UGACCUCUUGCUCAACAUGAGCCUGCGAUAUCUAGCAGAUCUUCGGAGACAAAAUGGGUCAAAAUCAGUCUGGCAGUGGGGGAGCUGGAGGAGACAAGAAGGGAGACAAGGACAAGAGAAAGAAGUAUGAACCACCAAUUCCUACUAGAGUAGGGAAGAAACAGAAGAAAACCAAAGGCCCUGAUGCAGCCAACAAAUUACCUCAAGUUACUCCACACAGAAACUGCAGGUUGAAGUUGUUGAAGUUGGAAAGAAUAAAAGAUUAUCUACUACUUGAAGAAGAGUUCAUCCAAAACCAAGAGAGGCUCAAACCUCAAGAGGAGAAAAAUGAGGAAGAGAGGUCAAGGGUUGAUGAAUUACGGGGCACUCCCAUGUCAGUGGGAACUUUAGAGGAGAUCAUUGAUGACAACCAUGCUAUUGUAUCCACCUCUGUUGGUUCAGAGCAUUAUGUUAGUAUUUUGUCAUUUGUUGAUAAAGAUAUGCUGGAACCUGGCUGUACUGUAUUGCUGAAUCACAAGGUGCAUGCUGUUGUUGGUGUGCUGUCUGAUGAUGCAGAUCCCAUGGUAACUGUGAUGAAACUUGAGAAAGCACCACAAGAGUCAUAUGCUGAUAUUGGUGGACUGGAUCAACAGAUACAGGAAAUCAAGGAAUCUGUAGAACUUCCAUUGACUCACCCAGAGCUGUAUGAAGAAAUGGGGAUUAAACCACCUAAGGGUGUUAUAUUAUAUGGCCCACCUGGUACAGGAAAGACCUUGCUAGCAAAAGCUGUAGCCAAUCAAACAGCAGCAACCUUUCUCCGAGUUGUGGGAUCAGAGCUCAUUCAAAAAUAUCUGGGUGAUGGUCCUAAGCUAGUAAGAGAAAUGUUUCGAGUUGCAGAAGAACAUGCCCCGUCAAUUGUUUUCAUUGAUGAGAUUGAUGCUGUUGGAACCAAAAGGUACGAGUCUAAUUCUGGGGGUGAGCGAGAAAUUCAGAGAACAAUGUUGGAGCUUCUCAACCAGUUAGAUGGAUUUGAUUCCAAGGGGGAUGUCAAGGUUAUUAUGGCCACAAACAGAAUUGAAACUUUGGAUCCUGCACUUAUCAGACCUGGUCGCAUUGAUCGUAAGAUUGAGUUUCCUCUUCCUGACGAGAAAACAAAACGUCGCAUAUUCACGAUCCACACUGGUCGCAUGACACUAUCAGAAGAUGUCAAUCUGGAAGAGUAUGUGAUGGCCAAAGAUGACCUCUCUGGAGCUGACAUCAAGGCCAUUUGCACAGAGGCAGGUCUGAUGGCUUUAAGAGAAAGGAGAAUGAAGGUGACCAACGAGGACUUUAGAAAAUCCAAAGAGAACGUGUUGUACAGGAAGAACGAGGGCACACCAGAGGGGCUCUACCUUUAAUUUUGGAUUUCGUCUUUUUUAGUAACAAUCUGUUGAGAAUUCUUUGUGUAAAAAUUAAUAAAAUCGAUAUCAGUAACAAA